ACCCCACAUCACAACCAGGACGGGUUAUCCGCAGCUCGCAGCCACCCCAAAGGGAGGAAUAAAGAACAGGAGCAGAGGGAAGCCGGGCGCAGAAAGAAGGGAAAAGGAAGAGCUCAGGGUUGGACAUUUUUGGAGACAGGGGUGGGGAGGAUAAAGGGAGCGUGCCUCCUUGAUUUUCCCCUCCCCACCCCUCUUUGCUUUUCUCUCCCCUUCUCUGUAUAGCAUAUUCCAGAAACGGCAGCAGAAGGGGACAGAAACCUCUAGUGUAGAAAAGGGUUUUGGAGGGGUAGCCAGCGCUCCCGCCAGCCGCUACCUAACAGCUGGAGCUUGAGUGUGCGUUUAAGAGUGUGAAUGCGGCUCUCUCUCUUUUUUUCUCUCUCUCUCCCCUCUCUCUCCAUCCCUUCCUUCCUCCCUCCUUCUCCCUCUCCUUCACACUACAGUGUCAGCUACCCCUGUCAGUUUCCCCGUGUCAGUUUCUUCCCUAGCUCUUAUUGUGUGUGACUGGCUGCGUGAAGGGAGUGGGUGCGCUUGAAGGGGCUCAGGUUGGGUUAGAGAGCUGGGAGAACAGGGUAGGGACAUUGGUAGAGCAAAGAGUUUCAGGGCACUGGCGAAGGUGAAAGGUGAGGAGGGCCGAUCUGUUACAGGCAAGUUUGGCAAUAACUGAGCAUCCAAAGGGGAAGCCAAGGUAGGAGCCAGUACUUGCGCUCGUCUUUACACCCCGCCCCUUUCCCUGUGCUCAUCCGCCCACCCACCCAUCAGCCUAGAGGCCCCGGGCUGUCCCAGUCGGCUGCUGUUUCGCGCCGCAAAAGAGGAGUCCGGCAAGGCGCCGCACCACGCAUCCUGGCCAGUGGACAUCCAGACGACACAGAUCUGAUCCGAAAAAACCACUUGGCUCAGGAUUUCUGCAUUGCUAUGAACCAUGGCCCAACUGUACUACAAAAAGGUCAACUACUCACCGUACAGAGACCGCAUCCCCCUGCAAAUUGUGAGGGCUGAGACAGAGCUCUCUGCAGAGGAGAAGGCCUUCCUCAAUGCUGUGGAGAAGGGGGACUAUGCCACUGUGAAGCAGGCCCUUCAGGAGGCUGAGAUCUACUAUAAUGUUAACAUCAACUGCAUGGACCCCUUGGGCCGGAGUGCCCUGCUCAUUGCCAUUGAGAACGAGAACCUGGAGAUCAUGGAGCUACUGCUGAACCACAGCGUGUAUGUGGGUGAUGCAUUGCUCUAUGCCAUACGCAAGGAAGUGGUGGGCGCUGUGGAGCUUCUGCUCAGCUACAGGCGGCCCAGCGGAGAGAAGCAGGUCCCCACUCUGAUGAUGGACACGCAGUUCUCUGAAUUCACACCGGACAUCACUCCCAUCAUGCUGGCUGCCCACACCAACAACUACGAAAUCAUCAAAUUGCUUGUCCAAAAACGGGUCACUAUCCCACGGCCCCACCAGAUCCGCUGCAACUGUGUGGAGUGUGUGUCUAGUUCAGAGGUAGACAGCCUGCGCCACUCUCGCUCCCGACUGAACAUCUAUAAGGCUCUGGCAAGCCCCUCACUCAUUGCCUUAUCAAGUGAGGACCCCAUCCUAACUGCCUUCCGUCUGGGCUGGGAGCUCAAGGAGCUCAGCAAGGUGGAGAAUGAGUUCAAGGCCGAGUAUGAGGAGCUCUCUCAGCAGUGCAAGCUCUUUGCCAAAGACCUGCUGGACCAAGCUCGGAGCUCCAGGGAACUGGAGAUCAUCCUCAACCAUCGAGAUGACCACAGUGAAGAGCUUGACCCUCAGAAGUACCAUGACCUGGCCAAGUUGAAGGUGGCAAUCAAAUACCACCAGAAAGAGUUUGUUGCUCAGCCCAACUGCCAACAGUUGCUUGCCACCCUGUGGUAUGAUGGCUUCCCUGGAUGGCGGCGGAAACACUGGGUAGUCAAGCUUCUAACCUGCAUGACCAUUGGGUUCCUGUUUCCCAUGCUGUCUAUAGCCUACCUGAUCUCACCCAGGAGCAACCUUGGGCUGUUCAUCAAGAAACCCUUUAUCAAGUUUAUCUGCCACACAGCAUCCUAUUUGACCUUCCUCUUUAUGCUUCUCCUGGCUUCUCAGCACAUUGUCAGGACAGACCUUCAUGUACAGGGGCCUCCCCCAACUGUCGUGGAAUGGAUGAUAUUGCCUUGGGUUCUAGGUUUCAUUUGGGGUGAGAUUAAGGAAAUGUGGGAUGGUGGAUUUACUGAAUACAUCCAUGACUGGUGGAACCUGAUGGAUUUUGCAAUGAACUCCCUCUACCUGGCAACUAUUUCCCUGAAGAUUGUGGCCUAUGUCAAGUAUAAUGGUUCUCGUCCAAGGGAGGAAUGGGAAAUGUGGCACCCGACUCUGAUUGCGGAAGCACUCUUCGCAAUAUCCAACAUUUUAAGUUCGUUGCGUCUCAUAUCCCUGUUCACAGCCAACUCCCACUUAGGACCUCUGCAGAUCUCUUUGGGACGCAUGCUGCUUGAUAUCCUCAAAUUCCUCUUUAUCUACUGCCUGGUACUACUAGCUUUUGCCAAUGGACUGAACCAGCUUUACUUCUAUUAUGAAACCAGAGCUAUCGAUGAGCCUAACAACUGCAAGGGGAUCCGAUGUGAGAAACAGAACAAUGCCUUCUCCACGCUCUUUGAGACUCUUCAGUCACUCUUCUGGUCUGUAUUUGGCCUUUUAAAUCUAUAUGUCACCAAUGUGAAAGCCAGACACGAAUUCACCGAGUUUGUAGGAGCUACCAUGUUUGGAACAUACAACGUCAUCUCCCUGGUAGUGCUGCUGAACAUGCUGAUUGCUAUGAUGAACAACUCCUAUCAGCUUAUUGCCGAUCAUGCUGAUAUCGAGUGGAAGUUUGCAAGGACGAAGCUCUGGAUGAGUUACUUUGAUGAAGGUGGCACCUUGCCACCUCCUUUCAACAUCAUCCCCAGCCCCAAGUCAUUUCUAUACCUUGGUAACUGGUUCAACAACACCUUCUGCCCCAAAAGAGACCCUGACGGUAGACGGAGAAGGCGCAACUUGAGAAGUUUCACAGAACGCAAUGCUGACAGCCUGAUACAAAAUCAACAUUAUCAGGAAGUUAUCAGGAAUUUAGUCAAAAGAUAUGUGGCUGCUAUGAUAAGAAAUUCCAAAACACAUGAGGGACUUACAGAAGAAAAUUUUAAGGAAUUAAAGCAAGACAUCUCCAGCUUUCGGUAUGAAGUGCUUGACCUCUUGGGAAAUAGAAAACAUCCAAGGAGCUUUUCCACUAGCAGCACUGAACUGUCUCAGAGAGACGAUAAUAAUGAUGGCAGUGGUGGGGCUCGGGCCAAAUCCAAGAGUGUCUCUUUUAAUUUAGGCUGCAAGAAAAAGACUUGCCAUGGGCCACCUCUCAUCAGAACCAUGCCAAGGUCCAGUGGUGCCCAAGGAAAGUCAAAAGCUGAGUCAUCAAGCAAACGCUCCUUCAUGGGUCCUUCUCUCAAGAAACUGGGUCUCCUAUUCUCCAAAUUUAAUGGUCAUAUGUCUGAACCCAGUUCAGAGCCAAUGUACACAAUUUCUGAUGGAAUUGUUCAGCAGCACUGUAUGUGGCAGGACAUCAGAUAUUCUCAGAUGGAGAAAGGGAAAGCAGAGGCCUGUUCUCAAAGUGAAAUUAACCUCAGUGAGGUAGAAUUAGGUGAAGUCCAGGGCGCUGCUCAGAGCAGUGAAUGCCCUCUAGCCUGUUCCAGCUCUCUUCACUGUGCAUCCAGCAUCUGCUCCUCAAAUUCUAAACUUUUAGACUCCUCAGAGGAUGUAUUUGAAACUUGGGGAGAGGCUUGUGACUUGCUCAUGCACAAAUGGGGUGAUGGACAGGAAGAACAAGUUACAACUCGCCUCUAAGUCAAGCCCUAAUCAUCUGUUCUGGAACUCAACAGAAAUUUGUAAUUUCCUUGCUCUCAGAGGUGACACAGAAUAUGAUUCCCUCACUGCCCCUGCCCCCCAGAAAGGAGAGUGAAACUCUUAUUUGCACCAUCUUUUAUAGCCACAUUCUCCAUUUUUGUUCUUGUUUUAUUAUUACUUUCAUUAUUAUUUGCCUUUUUAAUACCUAUACACACUAAGUCCAUCUUACAACCGACUGAAGGGGUGUUGCACCUAAUCAUCAGAGGUGCAGUUGGGUGCUUAACCUUUUUGCUUUGCUUUUCUCACCCAUGCUUCCUUGAAGCCCCAGGUGCCACUUUGCUGGUCUUGUUGCCGCACAGAUUCCUGACCAUCCUCAGAAUCUCAUGCCAUUUUCCCGCAGAGCUGAGGGAUGUGGUCAGCAGUCCCCACCAGCUAUCAGAUAAGGCAAACUACCCUGCCCAUCUUUGCUGCCAUUCAGUGCUACGCGCUGCCCAUGCUGGGUCAAUGAACAGCAUCAAAGGGAGGCUGAAGAGAUUUCAAAGAAUUGUCAGCUUGUGGUUUCUGGGUAUAAGUGGCUUGUUUCGUUCUUAAAUACUACAACUUCUUAUUGUGGGGGCUAUUGAGUUUUCUUGUUUCUUAAAGAUGUGUUAGUUUCCUAAUGUGUGCCAAUGAAAUAUUUACCCCAUAGUAUAUGUCAUAUCUAAUAAGUUAGGCGAAUUAUUUUUCUGUGUUUGUAUGUUUCAGUUAACUUACUACAUUUGAAAUUUUGAUAGUAUCAAAAUUAGUAUUUAGAAUUUGUGCUAUUUUUUAAAAACAUCUACUACACUCUAACCAAUAGUCACUACAUCUCAUACAUUGGCAAGAUAAAUAGUUGUCAUAUUUGUUGGGUCCUAUUCUACUGUUGAUAGUUUUAAUUAUCAUUGCUAUCAAAUAAUUUCUAAGAUAAAAGCCUGAAUUUGAAAUAUUUUUAUCAGAAAAAUGGCAUAUUGCUGAAGUGUCAAAAUAUGAGAAAAGGGCAUCUUCAUUUUAAUUAACUGCUUUAUAAAAAUGGCAACUUUAGGUAUAGAUAACCUAAUUCAGGUUGCAGUUUUAAUAUUCAUUGGGGGCAGUGGAAUUGCAUGUGUAAAUUAUGUUAGAUAUAUAUCAUAACAACCCUAGUGGAUUCAUGGAAUUAUAAACGUGAUCCAAAUUCUACUGUCUUCCAAGAAAGCUACAUUUAUACAUCCAAACAAAUUCUUUUCCACAGCUUAAGAGUACAUCAUCAGAAUACAGUGGUUCAAGUUAAAAAAUAAAGUCCAUAAUGCAUAUGGUCAUCAUUCUAGACCUGAUAACCACUGAGAACCUGCUGAGCAAGGACGGCUUUUACCAACAUUAGCACAAAGGUUUCCUCAGUUUAGACUCUAACAUAUGACCUGAAACAACUCUAGGUCUGAGUCCUAGAGAUUACAUUAAUAGUGUGUAGCCCAGAAAAGUAAAAUAGGUGUCACCCUGUUUUUUUUAAUGUCAACACCAAUAGGAAUCCAUUUAGAUUAAUGUAUGUAAUUUCUGAUAAAAGUAAGAGAAAUGAGGAACUUUCAAACUGCAAAUAUGCCUCCAAACUAGCUUUUGAUAGUGUGGUUUCUGUUAUUUGAAUGGAUUCCCAUCUCUGUCUCUAGCCUGGAGAAGAGCAAAAUGGAGGGGGAGGGGCCAGAAAUAGGAGGAGGUUUUGAAGAAUAAAGCCUCAUAUCCAGGAAAAAGUGAUCAAGUGAAAAAGCUGCAUCAAGACCCAUUUGGCAAGAGGUUGUCCGAAAAUAAUUCCUUGAUCAUAUCUGAAGUGGUUAUUUACUCAAAUCAAUUUCUCCCCUGCUUCGCUAAGACUGUCAUAAAAUGGCCUUGACAUUUAAUCACAGGUUACUUUCCAGAAAGGUUUCUAAAGUUACAGAUUCAGCUUUUCAAAUUGUCAAAUUCACUUUGAAUAAUAAUAGAACCUGGGCUACAUUCCUAACUCAUAUUAACAGCACCAAAAGAAAUAGCAUAUAACCCCAUUU